CGAGCCUGACAGUGUCUCGAUAAACAACCGAGAUAAGAUCAUAACGCUGACAAGCCCUAAAACACAUCUCUCUUAGCCCUUCAUAUACUGUAACUGAUUUGGAUUAUCUGAGCCGUGAAGCCAUCUAAAAAAUAAUGGAAAUGAUAAGGAAUCCCAACGAGGGACGUUACAAGAGUUUACAUUUAGAUGUGUGCAUUGAUGAGCGCACCCCUCGGCACGGGAUAUCACAACUUCUCAAGACACUGCGGCCAGAGUGGAAACCAGAAGAUAUUCAGGUCAAGGCUUUCACUGAGGGCAUCACCAACCAGUUAAUGGGCUGCUAUGUGGGCUCUAUGACGGAAGAUCCCGUGGUUCUGGUGAGGAUUUAUGGGCAGAUGACGGAGCUGUUCCUGGACCGAGACAAAGAGCUGGAGAUGUUCCAGGUGCUCCACACACACGGCUGUGGGCCAGAGCUCUUCUGCAGCUUCAGCAACGGCAUCUGCUACGAGUUCAUCAGAGGAGUCGUGCUGGACGACACACUGCUGAGACAGCCCUCCGUUUACAGAUUGAUUGCAACAGAAAUGGGAAAAAUCCAUUCCAUAAAGUGUGGAGAAAUGGGAACCAGUACACCCGGGACACCAGUUCUGUGGUCUAGAUUGUCCCAGUUCCUGAACCUGGUCCAGAGUUCUGAUGCUCCUAAACCGCAAAGGUCCAGUGGCCAUGUGGAGACACCGAGCCUUAAAGUCAUCAUCACAGAGAUGGAGGAGCUGAAGACUCUGCUCACACACACCAACUCCCCAGUCGUGCUGUGUCACAAUGAUCUCCUGACUAAAAAUGUCAUCUAUAACAAAGAAGAAGGCACAGUAAAAUUCAUUGACUAUGAAUAUGCUGAUUUUAAUUACCAAGCUUAUGAUAUUGGAAACCAUUUCAAUGAAUUUGCAGGUAUCGAUAACGUCGACUCGAGCCUGUACCCGAGUCGCGAGCUGCAGUUUGAUUGGCUGUCGGCGUAUCUGGAGAGUUUCAAGAGCUGCAGCGCGGCAGACUCCACCGUGUCCCGGGACGAGGUCCUGGAGCUCUACGUGCAGGUCUGCAAGUUCUCCUUGGUGGCUCAUUUGUUCUGGUGUCUGUGGGCUCUUCUGCAGGCCAAACAUUCCACUAUUGCCUUUGACUUCAACAGGUAUGCCAUGGCUCGAUUCAACUACUACUUUGAGAAAAAGCGAGAGUUCUUGGGUUGUUCCAGGAGGAGCAUUAGUGCUGGUCAUGCAGAUAUCUAGGACUGCGAGUUAACGAAGACACUCGUUUGUCCUGUUACAACCCCCUCUUCUUGACCAAAAGGGCCUUUAGGAAUGCCUAAAGUCACGGAGGUGCUGAUAACGGUCAAGGCCUAUAGGCCGAUACUGUAUGUUAUAAAAU